AUGGCCUCCGCGUCCGACGCGUCAAUCCAAGAAAUCCUAGAGGAUAUUGAACUCAACCAGGUCAUUCUGCAAAGCUUGGACGAGGAACGUCCAGAUGCAGCUGAAGACCGACAAGAGAUUCUAGAUGUCAUCAAACGCCUGGAAGCGCGACUAGCGGUGCUCCAAGGUCGUUCCACUGGGGGCCCGUCCGCUGCGUCUCCGCCACCUGGUCCAGUCCACUCGGGCUUGUCUUCUGCACAGCUAGAUGGUGCCUUUUCUGAUGCCCCGCAAAAUGCUGGUAGUACACCUUCGGUGGACUCGUCUUCUUCCUCCGAUGAUCGGUCUGUGUUGCGCUUUGAUGUCGCUCAUGAACCGUCGACUCUGCGAAAGCGUCUACACUUCAGCAGUGAGGAUAGCCACCCUGAAGACGAUGAAGAUGACUCGGACUCCUCGGAUUUCACAGACGACCUGGAGGCCCCAAAUCCCAGGCGACCAAAGCGGAUGCGUCGCGUUAGUCCUGAGGCUGAGCCUAGCAAUGAUGCUUCCGACGAUGACCUAGGAGACCCUCUCGCUGGCAAUGAACAGCUACGCCAGAUCUUGGGCAUCGACAGCGCCGAUAUCAUGCGCGAGAUCCAAGAAGAGCAAAGAAGGGCCGAGAAAUGGCUUGAGGAACGCAGGGAACAGGAGCGCCGUGACGCGGAAUUUGCUCGCCGACUUAAUGACUCCUUCUAUGAGCCGUCUGAGUCGCCGUCGUCUUCGCAAAGCAUAUUUCCUUUAAGACCUUCUGUUUCCGCUUCCGGUCCUGCUUUUGCGUCUAACAGACCUUCUAUGACGGACACUGACCGUUUCCCCGAAUCUCGGGCGCGAUCAAAACCAUCGGAUUCUCUGCACUCUCACCGUUCCCCCGUCAAUGGAACCCAAGAUUCCCAGCCCUUGCUUGGUAGCGAUGAUAGCGACCUUGCUGAGAUCACACCAUCCGACUUCCAACGCCAUUGCCACAUCUCAGCCGCUCCACAUGAGCGUCCCCCGCGUUGGGGCUCUUCUGCCCCUACGAUGCCUAACAGACCCGGUCUUCAACCCCAGCAGAGUCGUGGUCUCUACGCGUCUCCUGGGCCGCCAGCUGGAAUAGGAUCUGGAUCUGUGUUUGGUCCCCAUGUCAUGUCAAACACAAUGGCAAGACUCAACGCAGGCAGGGAGAUGUUGGAGCAAGCCGGAAGGAUAUUUUCGGCGGCAAUGACUCCAGGUCUUCAAACAUUCCCUACAUUGACUUAG